AUGGGGACCUUUGGCUCUCAGACCAGUACCUAUAAUAGGCUGGUCGCCAUCUUCGUGGCCAUUGGGUCUAUGACCUAUGGUUACUGUGCUUCCAUUAUCGGCAGUACAAUCGGGCAGCCGGGAUGGUAUAGCUACUUCAAUCUACCCAGCGAGGGCGAGCCGGGAUACGCUUCGAUUACCACACCCGCCAUCUCGACGGCGAAUGGUGUCUUCAGCGCUGGGGGUGCUGUUGGCACGCUGUUCAUCAUGUGGUCGUGCGACUACUUUGGCCGCAAGGUGAAUAUCCAACUCGGUGCCUUUUUCUCUCUCUUCGGAGGCGCGCUUCAGAGUGGCGCAAACUCGCUCAAAAUGUUCCAAGCCGGUCGAUUUAUCUGUGGCCUUGGUAUUGGUCUCCUGGUGACCGUGUGUCCCAUGUACCUCUCGGAAAUGUCGAGUGCCUUCCGCCGUGGCUGGCUGGUCGGUCACCAUGCCAUCUUCUUGGUCUUUGGCUAUAUGCUUUCUGGCUGGGUUGGCUAUGCAUGCUAUUACGCCCAGGACAUCAGUGGCGGUUUUGGCUGGAGAUUCCCUCUGGCACUGCAAUGCUUACCGCCUCUCGUGCUCCUGGUCGGAUCUCCUUGGUUGCCCCGUUCUCCGCGUUGGCUCAUCUCCAAGGGCAAGCAUGAGGAGGCCAAAUUGAUCCUGGAGCGCCUCCGCCAGUCUCCAGAGGACCCGGACAAUUUGGUGGCCAAGGAAGAGUAUUUCCAGACCACGGAGCAGAUCCGUCUAGAAGCAGAGCGGCUGUCGCAGUAUGGUAGCGUGUGGAAGGCAGUUUGGAAGAAGAAGUCGUAUCGCAAGCGGAUGAUUAUUGGAUUUCUCACUCAAUGGGGAGCUGAGUUUGGUGGACCUCUGAUUAUCAACAAUUACGCCGUGCUCCUAUACACCAACCUGGGUAUGAAGGACGGCAUGCCUUUGCUUCUGAGUGCAGUCUGGUUGACUACAGCCGGUCUCAUCUACAAUCCCCUGGGCGCUUGGCUCCAUGACAAGGUCAACUCGCGCCGCGGCAUGUAUAUCACCGGCUUUGUUGGUAUUGUCAUCACUACCUCCUGCCUGGCUGCGAUGACUGCAGAAUUCGCCGGCACCACGAACAAGGCCGGCAAUGCCUUUGGUAUCCUGUUCAUUUACCUUUAUCUUGCCUUCCAAGGCACUUUCUGCGACACUACCAUGUAUCUUUAUGUGUCUGAGAUCUUCCCAACCGAAAUCAGACCGAUUGGCAUGGGCUUUUCUGUGUUCGGUCAAUUUGCUUCGACCCUGCUCUUGCUUCAAACUGCCCCUAUGGGUUUCAAUAAUAUUGGCUGGAAGUACUAUCUAGUCAUCAUCUGCUGGUCGGCCUGCUUUAUUCCAGUCAUCUACUUCUUCUUCCCCGAAACUGCCCGCUUGACCCUUGAGGAGAUUGCCAAGAACUUCGGCGAGGAAGUCGCUGUCCACCUCACAGAUGCGACCGACGAGGAGAGAGCACAGCUUGAGCGGACCAUUAUUGAAAAACCAAACACUCCGUCCGAGCAAACUCAGGACUUCGAGGAGUCCAAGUCGGCCUAG